GCUAUGGCUGGACAAUAAGUGACUGUAAUAUACCUCAACAAUGCUUGGAACAGGCCUGCACGGCCUCAAACGGGCGCUGGUCAUCUUCCCCUUUGCUUACACCGGCAUCUGGCUGGGCUACUACGCAUACACCGACACUCUGCGCCGUCACCACAUUCGCGAUCGUAACGCCAAACUAGCCAACGUCUUGUCCACCCUUCCCUCGUCUAGCACCGACAAACAGCUCCCUGGCCCCGACUACACGCAACCAGCCACAGAGGUGGAGAAGGAGGCUUUGAAGGAGCGAUAUGGGAGUUUGAAGUUUGCAGGGCGGUAUUGGAAUCCAUAUGUGGAGUGGAGAGAGCAGGGGGCUUGGGAAUGGGCUGUAUGGAAGGGGUUCAUAUCUAUCGUCACCCUCAAACUGUUCUACGACGGAGGUGUACCGCCCGACAGACCUAUACCCGAUCUUCCUGUCGAGCGUCCGGAUUUCGAUCUUCUCUACCCGACUGAUACGACCUCUAAACCCAAGAGACAACCUCCCACUUCGAGAGAACCUGGGUCUGGUGGCAGCGAUGUGGCUAUCACUGACAAGUUCACAUCCACCUGGCUGGGCCAAUCGACUACCUAUGUGACUAUGGACAACCUCGCGAUUCUGACUGAUCCUGCUCUUCAACACCGGACGAUUCCCUCCAAAUUUGCGCCAGAGAGAUUACGGCCGCCGCCUUGCUCUUUGGACGAGUUGAAGAGGGUUGAUCUCGUGCUCGUCUCUCACAACCACUAUGACCAUCUUGAUCCGCUUGCUAUCAAGGAGCUGGGAGAUAGCUGUGAAUGGGUCGUACCAAUUGGCGUUGGACCUUUUUUGCGCGAACACGGUGCCACACGCGUCACUGAACUCGAUUGGUGGCAGGAGACCCAGCAUACCCUCUCCAGACCAGGCCAAGAGCCCAAGUCGUUCACCAUCACUGCGAUCCCCAACAUGCACUGGUCCGCCCGCUCGCCUCUCGAUACCAACGCCACCCUCUGGUCCGCUUUCCAUGUCAAGUCCAACCCUCCUUCUCCCGAGACAAAGCCCAAAUCAUUCAUCCACCUUGGCGACACUGGAUACUCGCCAACACUCUACCACGCUGUCGGCCGUGUUCUCGGCCCUAUUGAUCACGCUGCGAUCCCGAUAGGCUCGUAUGAGCCCAGGUGGCAUAUGCAUUUGCAGCAUACGGAUCCGGAGGGAGCGGUGAGGAUGGCUUUGCAGAUGCAUGUCAAGAAGAGUGUGGGGGUGCAUUGGGGGACAUGGCUGAUGAGCGAUGAAGCUUACAACAAGCCGCCUCUCGAUUUGGAGAUCGCUAGGAAGAAGUUGAAUGUUGAGGAGGAGCAGUUUUGCGUGCUUCCAGUUGGUAAGACUAUUGUCCUUGAGGAUGAUUAGAUGGUAGAUGCAGCUGUUCAGUGUAUUGGUACUGUACUCGUAGAGUACUCUAUUUUACUCGUGCGUCCUUGAUACCAAGCAUGAUGGGUACCGGGCUUUCUAACGUGAAAGCAUACAUUACCCUUGCUAUGGCAUGAAUAACAUCGACGGC